UUGUUUGUCUUUAGUUUUAAACAGGUGGGCCCAGAUAGGGUCGGGCUAAGUACCCAGGCCAAGAGAGACCUCUAUUCCCAGCCUAUUGUCAUCAUCAGGACCACGAGGCUAUCACCACAUUGGACGGCGAUUGGUUUAUCCAGGACCUUUCUGAACCACAGGUCGCACAUCCACUUGUGUUGUGGCUCUGGCUCUGGCUCUGGCUCUGGCUAUGGCUCCGGCUCCGGCUCCUCAUCAGUCGCAGCGAAUGUGUCUUCUCCUUUGUUUCUGAAGUACCAUGGCCGCUACCAUCUCCUUCCUCUCCUCCCCUGCAAACGUAACUGCCAUAAACACAAAGGCUUGGACUCGGCGCCUCAAACCCUCUACUCUUCUUUUCUCCAAAACAACAAGAAGGAGAAGAAGCUUCAUCACAUCCUUAAACAAGGAGGAGGAGAAUAAGAAGGUGGAGAGGUUGUGGAAAUGGGGAUGCGAGAAAGGGGGGGCCGUAGCACCAGCAGUGAGGGCAGAGAUGGUGGAGACCCCGCAUUUUGGGUUGGGAUUGGUGGCGAAAAGGAGCUUGUCACAGAACCAAGUGGUUUUGGAAGUCCCAAAGAAGCUCUGGAUCAACUCCGACACUGUUGCAGCCUCUGAAAUAGGGAGGGUAUGUGGGGGUCUCAAACCAUGGAUUUCCGUUGCCCUCUUUAUCAUCACGGAAGAGAAGAAGAAGAAUGGCUCCCCCUGGUGCCCUUAUCUUGACAUCUUGCCUCAGAAAUUGGACUCUCCACUCUACUGGUCAGAGGAGGAACUUACUGAGAUACAAGGAACACAACUGCUGAGCACCACCUUGGGCGUCAAAGAGUACGUGCAAAGUGAAUUCAGCAAAGUGGAGGAAGAAAUCAUACUCCCUAACAAGCAUCUCUUCCCAUCCAUGACAGUAGAUGACUUUCUCUGGGCCUUUGGUAUACUAAGAUCAAGGGCAUUUUCACAGCUUCGUGGCAAAGAUCUUGUACUAGUACCUCUUGCUGAUCUGAUAAACCAUAGCUGCAACGUAAAUACCGAGGACGUUGCUUGGCAGAUCAAAGGAAGUGGUCUCUUCUCUCGGGAGCUUGUAUUUAGUCUACGGACACCUCUUCCUGUUAAUGCUGGGGAGCAGGUUUUCAUCCAAUAUGAUUUGAAGAAAAGCAAUGCUGAGUUGGCCCUUGAUUAUGGCUUCAUAGAGCCCAACUUGGGCAGAGAUGCCUACUCGUUAACACUGGAGAUUCCUGAAUCAGACCCCUUUUUUGGGGACAAGCUGGACAUUGCAGAGUCUAAUGGAUUUGGGGAAACUGCAUAUUUCAAUUUGUUGUUAGAUUGCGGCCUUCCAGAGGGCAUGCUGCCGUAUUUGCGGCUAGCGGCACUUGGGGGAACAGAUGCUUUCCUCCUCGAAUCCAUCUUCAGGAAUACGGUUUGGGGUCAUCUGGAGUUGCCGGUUAGCCAACCAAACGAAGAGUUUAUAUGCAAAGCUGUUGCAGAUGCCUGCAGAUCUGCCCUUUCUCUCUAUCGAACCACAAUUGAGGAGGAUGAGGAACUGCUGAAGAAGGGGAAGUUGGAACUGAGAUUGGAAAUAGCAGUGGGGGUGAGGCUGGGGGAGAAGAAGGUGCUGAACCAGAUACUGAAGACAUUCGAAGACAGAGGAAAGGAGGUUGAAGGGCUUGAAUAUUACCAGGAGAGGAGGCUCAAGGAUCUUGGUCUCGUCGGAGAACAGGGUGAGAUAAUUUUCUGGGAGUCCUGACUUUGGACAAGAAGGAUCAAACCAACGAUCUUCUGGGAGUCCUGACUUUGGACAAGAAGGAUCAAACCAACAUCCAGAGUCCAGGAUUAUAGUAUCAAAUGUCAGAUACGAUAAAUCAUCCGGCAUAGGCUGAUAACCCAUAACAAUAGAAUUGAACAAGAGAGAGGCUAUAGAGUGACCCAAUGGGUGUAUUUCCUUCUCAAAUUGAUUUUCUUUUAUUAUUUGUUUCAUCCUUUUGAACAUUGUAACCAUGCCAAACAUGCAUGGGUUCCUCUUGACAGAAAGGGCAACUAAAGAAACA